UAAGCGGCCCGAUUGGAGAGGGCGCACGCUCGCACCGGCCCCGGUAGAUGAAUGUUCAAAGUCAAGUUCAUUCCAUGUGAAGCACGCGGCCAGUACGGACCUACUGCAGAGCCGUCGUUCAAGAUACAACCCAGCAAAGACGCGUACGUGAAGUGUUAUUAACGAUCGAGAUCGCGUCCGACAGUGCAGUGACGACGGUACAGUGAAAAUACAAUAAAGUUCAACAGACAAAAUAAUACAAAAUUCAAUUUCCUAGUAGUGUGUUCGUGUGUGUGUGUGUGUGCGUAAAUGUGAUUGUACGGCAAGGAAAAUUGUCACAAAAACUGCCGUUUGCCAACGGUUGGAAAAUUGUCCCCAUUCCUGUGUGCGCUCGACGAUUGCGUUCCAGUGCCAGUUUGCGUUCGGGUUGAGCUGCCACAGUUGAUGACGGUGUUGAAGUUGCUGAGCUACCGGUCGUGCAGUGAUUACGCCAAUUUUGAUCGAGGGCAAAGCAGGUGGGUAACAUCCGAUUGUUGAAUCUUCGGCAACAUUCGUUACGUGCGAAGGUGUUGGACGUCCGGUCGCAAGCGAUUUGAAUGACGAAGAGUGUGCGAUAAGGCACGUUUCCUGCAGCAUCUAACGGACCAGCCAAUGCUGACAACGAAAGCAAAGAUGAAACUGUUGAGGUCAAGCCUGGUCGAGUGUAGCAGCGGUCACCUAGUGGCGGUACUCUUUACGGUGUUGUUGCCAUUGGUGCGGGCACAGGACUAUGACGUGACGGACAUUCAGUGUUCCUUCGCAUCGCAAGGCUCCAACCUGGGCGACAUUAUAACGGCAAAGUUGAAAAAACCGAUCGGCUUCAAAGGUGCACCACUGUUCGCGGACGAUCGUGGCGUGAAUCCGGAAACGGAUUUUGCCUGCUCCAUCAAGCACGAUCGUAAAGAUGUGAGCGAGCUUGCGUACGAUUUGAAGAUUACCGAUUUCUCACGGUGCGGUGUGCUGAAAAGAAAUGGGUUCGUGCACGUCCGUAUCUGGUUUCCGCAAUUUCCUUCGGUGGUAAUGCAAUCCGAUCAGGAACUGAUCAUCAUGUGUAAACCGCCGGAACCAACCGUUAUCCAGAACAAGGCUGCCGGGUUCGCGGGAAGUUUCCCACACGGAGCACGUGUUUCCGGCGUGGUUGAGGAAACUCCCGGACGGUUAGAAUACGAGGUGGCCCUCUACAAGGAAGCACCACCGAUCGCGCGUAUUAGCGGUAAUCUGGCAGGACUGAAGAACCAUUCCUCGGCUUCACUUCCGGCCGUGACGAACAACGAAGUGCCGGUCGAUCAGGCGGUACCGAUCGGUACGAAGCUACAGUUGCGGGCCCGCAUCAGCUCGCAGAGCGUGUGGAAGUACGUGAAGCUAAUGGAGGUAACGGUUUCGCCCGAUCCGGACGAUCCGCAUGCGCAAGGAUCGGUUUCGCUGGUGCGCGAUGGUUGUCGAAACCGUGACUUUGCGUCGAUCAUACCGCAUCAGCCGGCACGGUAUCGCGAUAAGCCGAACGAAGUGUUUCUCGAUUUUGAAGCAUUUUUGCUGAGCUCGAUGAAGGAACGGAGUACGCUGUGGAUUCACUCACAGAUCAAGGCAUGCAUGGACGCGAUGGACUGUCAGCCCGAUUUCUGUCUGGAUAUGUAUGAACCCUCCAAGCGACUCGGCAGAAGGCGACGUGACGAACACUCUCGGAACCGUACGGAGUAUACGAAAUUUAAGGAAAACAUCGAAUAUACGGUCAUUAUGCCGGGCGAGUAUGACGAUGCGAUGCGCUACCAGCAGAACCCGGAGCAGUGUAAAAACUUUGUCGUCAUCUCUGGUCUGCUCGCUGCAUUAUUAGCGCUUUCCACCGUGAUCACCUGUGGGCUAGCGUCACGCAUGCAAGGCAGCGGUAAAAAGAGCAUCGAUGAGCUCAAUGCGAAAGGAUACUCAGGCCGUGCGAUCGUACAGUAACCGGCAGGCACCUUCCUCAAUUACACACGGAUGCUUCAAUUGCGCACUUGUAGAAUUGCAAAUCCUGUUACACACGUAACAUGACAUGUCACCAAACGAAAGCUUAAUCAAAGAUACGCAUGGAACCCGAGUUGCAAUAUUUAGUAUCACUAUUUUGUUUUUUUUUUGUUUCGUUUUGUUUUGUUUUGCUUUCACUAAUGACUUAGUUACUUUCGCUAGUAGUGUUUAGGAGGUUAGAUGAACGAUGAAUUAAUUGCUGUAACAAUGAGCAUUAGCCGAUAGGUAACGAUUGAAUGAUUAAGCCUGAUUUUUAAACCUACUACACCGGUACGGAAAUAGCUGGUGACUUUCUUUUAAAAGUUAGGCUUACCAUACGUCGAACAAAGUAGUAUUAUGACAAUUUAGACUGCAUUUCACGAAUAGUAUUAGAACCGUUUUACUGCUGCUGAUCGACCGAGCCGAGGAGGUAUUUAUUGUGCAUUUACGCGCGACGCGGAUGGUUUAGUUCUAUUGAACCGUCUUGAUAGGAAUGGAUGACACGAAUAAAACUGUCGUUAUUUGAUGAUAGUUCCGAUCAAUAUCGGUACUGGGCGUACCGUUUUAUGCUAGAAAUAAAAGGAAACUCUAUCUUGACUGUAAAAUGUUGUCUAAUUUCAAUGGGCUAUAAAAAAACGAUGAAAUGCAAAAUAUCACACGCAAUAAAUUUAAAUCGAAUUAAGUU